AUGUCCAGUACCACCCCCUUACCAGUCACAUCAGCAAUCAGAGUGGUCGCUUUUCUCCUAAAGGACCAUGCUGCCUGCGAAAUCAUGGACUCUGUGGCUGCGCGACUCAUGGACAUGCUUACCCCCAAGCUGGUCGACCACGUGAUAGCCACCAUUGCUCCCCAGGUGGCAUGCAUAUACGCCGCAUCAACGACAAUUGCAUCCAUGAUGGAACAAGCUGAGAAGGUACUCAGCAUGCUGGAGAGAGAAAAAACUGAGAAAGAAGAUGUCAUUAAAGUGGCAGCAGAAAGAAUUGAGGAAGCGGCUGACAUUUUAUUCUCCUUGGUCGAAGACUGUCAAAAUGUAGUCAAGAUACUCUCUCCCUCCCUGGAGGCUACAUAG